CAAUAUCAAGAACAUGCACCAUUUUAUGUCACCUUCAAGUCACAUCAAAGUUAAAACUCACAUGGCAAUCAAAUUCCAAAUCGGAUAAUUUUUUACUAUAAUUUGCUUGAAAUAAACAUUUAAUGAGAGAUCUGAAGACUUGUGGAUUUUUUUCCAUUUUUAAAUAGUAAAAAAAUGUUUGGCAACCAAAUCUGGAAAAGAGGUAAAGACGAGAGAGGUCUCGCGCUUAUCCUUAAAGGAGUGUGGUGAAUGGUGAGUGUGACUUGGAGGACCCCAUCACCGCAACGAUACAGCUUCUUAGAUCUCGAUAACCACAACUUAUACCAGUCACAGUUUCGAUUAGAUCUUCUCAAAAACUUCACCUUUUUUCUCUUUUCCAAAUUCUCCGACGAGAUCUUCCUGUAAAAACUCUAAUCUUUUUGUCUGAAUUGUGAUACUGCUGUUCCCAUUUUUCUGCAAGUUUGGAAAUUUCUGUCCAAGUUUUGUGGGUCUGUUAAAAAUCUGCGCUUUCAAAAUGGGGAGCUCAAUGGAGGAGAAAGUGGUGGCUGUGAUCAUGGUCGGUGGUCCAACCAAAGGUACUCGAUUUCGGCCAUUGUCGCUGAAUAUUCCAAAGCCUCUGUUUCCUAUUGCGGGACAACCAAUGGUGCAUCAUCCUAUUUCAGCUUGUAAAAGAAUUCCAAAUUUAGCACAAAUAUAUCUUGUUGGCUUCUAUGAGGAAAGGGAAUUUGCACUUUAUGUCUCAGCCAUCUCUAAUGAACUCAAAGUUCCUGUUAGAUAUCUGCGAGAAGACAAACCACAUGGUUCAGCUGGUGGGCUGUAUCACUUUAGAAAUCUUAUUAUGGAAGAUAGCCCGUCUCAUAUCUUCCUGCUUAACUGUGAUGUUUGCUGCAGUUUCCCCUUGCCCGAAAUGCUCGAGGCUCACAGGGGAUAUGGUGGAAUUGGAACUCUUCUUGUGAUCAAGGUCUCUCCUGAAUCAGCCAGCCAAUUUGGAGAAUUGGUAGCAGAUCCAGCUACUAAUGAGCUGCUUCAUUACACCGAGAAACCCGAAACUUUUGUCAGUGAUCGUAUUAACUGUGGUGUUUAUGUAUUUACACCUGAAAUUUUUAAUGCCAUAGGAGAUGUUUCCACUCAGAGGAAAGAUAGAGCAACUCUAAAACGUGUUUCCAGCUUCGAAGCUCUUCAACCGGCAACAAGGAUCCCGACAGAUUUUGUAAGACUGGAUCAAGACAUCCUUUCACCUCUAGCUGGGAAGAAACAGCUAUAUACUUAUGAGACUAUGGAUUUCUGGGAGCAAAUCAAAUCUCCUGGAAUGUCUUUGAGGUGUUCAGGACUCUAUCUUUCCCAAUUCCGCUUGACCGCUCCCCAACUUUUGGCUAGUGGUGAUGGAACAAGGAGUGCCAUUGUGAUUGGUGAUGUUUACAUACAUCCUUCUGCAAAAGUACAUCCAACUGCAAAGAUUGGUCCCAACGUCUCAAUCUCUGCAAAUGCUCGUGUUGGACCGGGCGUCAGGCUUAUCAGCUGUAUCAUCCUUGACGACGUUGAGAUCAUGGAAAAUGCAGUGGUGACUAACGCAAUUGUUGGGUGGAAAUCUUCUAUCGGGAGAUGGUCCCGUGUCCAGGCUGAGGGAGUUUACAAUUCCAAACUCGGAGUUACAAUUCUCGGAGACUCGGUUGCAGUUGAAGACGAGGUUGUGGUUACCAGCUGUAUUGUUCUUCCAAACAAGACACUGAACGUCAGUGUUCAAGAUGAGAUCAUUUUGUAAUUGAAAAAUGGAACAUGAUAAAUGGAACCAACCCGGUGGGGAGCCACACCAUCUCUCUCUAAUUCAAUAUGUACUGGAGAAUCACAGAAGCAAAUAUUUGGGAACUAAUUCACAUGUAUCAUUUAUUUACACCAAGAAUUUUCCAACUUUGUAUCAAUUCCAUUUUCUAUACUCACAAUCACAGCUACUGUAAAAGGCACUGAAUUUUUGCCCAUAAUAAUAAAGCACUUGUGUAGUUUGGCAUUGAUAAUAAACUGUUCUUGCUA